AUGACUGAGGAAGAGUCAUAUAAGCUCUAUGUCAUGGGUUCUGGUGGUGUCGGUAAGUCAGCCAUCACCGUCCGUCUCGUCCAGGACCGUUUCUCAACAGCUUACGAUCCAACUAUUGAAGAUUCCUAUGUGAAACUUUUAAACGUUGACGGCAAAUCAGCCAAGCUCGACAUUCUUGAUACCGCCGGUCAGGACGAUUUCGAGGCUAUUCGCGAAACUUAUAUGCGCGCUGGUAAUGGUUUCAUUGUUGUUUUCUCAUUGACUGAUUCAUCUUCAUUUGACGCUAUUAAUAACUUCAUUAAGGAUAUCCGUCUUACAUCCGGAAAGGAGGACAUCCCAAUCGUUGCUUGUGGUAACAAGUGCGAUUUGGCUGAUCAGCGUCAAGUUGAGGAAGCCGAAGCUAAGGCCUAUUUCGAACAAGUUCAUGUCACUUAUUUCGAAACAUCUGCUUCCAAGAAUAUUAACGUCGAAGAAGCUUUCAAAGCUGUAACUCGUUUGAUGCGUGCAGCUAACCCACACUUCCAGAAGGAAGAUGCAGCUCAGGCUGAUAAGGCAAAGGGAGAUAAGGAAAAGCAGAAAGACAGCAAAUCUGAGGGCUGUUGCAAUAUCGAGUAA